AUGUUCUCUUGUACACGUUGUGGGAAUAAAGUGUCUGAUGGACCUUUAUGUAAUUUAUGUAAACGGCAGUUUGACUUCGCCUGUGCUGGUAUUACAGAGACCAAUUUUCGUAAACUUGGGGAAAGAAGAUCCACCUGGCGCUGUAUUGACUGCAAAAAUGCCCAGUCUCCUGCAUCAACAUUUUGUAAUAAUCCUGGGAUAGCAGUGCGAUUGGAAGAAAUGCAGGCUACCCUAGUGAAUAUUACGCAGCAACUUGUACCCUUGGCGUCACUUAUUGAAGAUGUAAAGACCAUUAAGCUUAAUAAAGCUCUUCUUAAGAAGGCGAAGGAUCUGGCGAAAAUAAAAAACUUCAAAUAUGUGUGGAUAAAACAUUGCAAGAUUCUGGCCCGAAAAUCCGACACAUCACCGACGUUCCGCAUAAAAUCAGAAAAAGAUCUUCUAAAAUUUUCAUAA